GAAAAUAUACACAUAUUAUAGUCAGUUUCAUUGGAUAAUCACAGUAUAGAUUUGACAGAUUUGGUCGAAUCCGAAAAUGAUAUUUGAUUAUUUAAAACACCAUAUUAGUUCUUCGAUAGAAGAUUCUCUUUGUUGUAUGCCAGUGAAAUGAGGGGACAGCGAUUACGUAAUGCUGUUAAUACUAUACAAACUACAACAGUGACAACAACUUUCAAUCCAGGCAUUACACAACCAUCUGGUCUACAACAUUUAGAUAUACUUUCACGUUAUUCACGAUUUUAUCUCUUAAUUGAACAAUAUUCACCAAUAGUUAAUAAUCUCGAUCGAUAUAUCAGUCCAUUAUGGAUACCGAUUGCUUUGAUUGGUUGUAUCCUGUGCAUGAUAAUUUAUGCAAAUCCACAAUGGCGAAAAUCACUGAGACAAGAUUCUGGCAUAUUAAUGAAUCCAUAUGGUUAUGGUUCAUUGUCGAUUUAUUUAUUGAUUUUAUCCAUAUUACAUUUAGUCCAGUGUGUACUAGUGAUCAUUAUUGAUUUGGAUACACCAUGGGAUACUGGAUUGUUAGCAUGGAAUAGUUUAAUGUGUCCAUUGUUUCAUUGUUUAUGGACAGGAAAUCGACUAGCAAUUAUAUUGAUCACUAUAACAUUAGGCAUUGAAACACUUGUAUUAUUGCAAAGAGAAACAAAUUUUCCAACUAAUACUAUACUACGUUGGAUAAUAGCUGAUGGAAAUAGUCGUAAAUCAAUACGUAUCUCUAUUGGUGUUAUUCUGUUGGCUGGAGUUUAUGGUCUAAUUGAAUUAGCCUAUUGGCGUGUACAAUAUUACAAUGUUGAAUAUGAGAUAACUCAAUCACCAAAUCAUAUUAGUUUAUCAGCAUCCUCAUCUUCAGCAGCAGCAUCAGUAACAUCGUUAAAAUCAUCGGAACCUUUGGCAAGAUGUGAAGUUGCCGGUGGAUUUCAGUAUUGGUUUGCAAUGAAACCCAUAAAUCGAUAUGACAUUUUCACAGAAAUGGAUGUCACUAAACAAACUGCUGAACUUGCAGCUAGUUAUUUCGAUUAUCAAUGGAUAACUGGCAUGAUUAUUGACUGUCCACUUGCAUUAUGCAAUGUAUGCAUAGGUUUAGCAAUUAUACGAGCUUAUUUUAUGGAUGAUUUAAUUAUACGUCCAAGAUAUGCCGAGAGUCGUGCAACUGUAUCAAGAAGAAAUCGAUUUGAGGUAUUACAUAUAGCUAUAAUAAGUAUUAUACAAGGAUUAUUUCGAUUACCUAGUGCAUUAUUCACUAUGUUUGAUCCUUUAACAAGACCAGGAGAGAUGAAUUUAACAGAUACCGAGGUCCUGAAAGACAAUGCAUGGCAAAGAUUUUUCCUGAUGUUAUCAGCAAAAGUUGUUGGAAUUGAAUUAGGCGAUUUAACAGCUACUUUAUUAAUGCCUAUUUGUAUUGGAUUCUGUCAAGAGUUUAGAGAGAAUUUUUAUAGUCUGCUGAAAUUUAAAACACCUCACAAACUCAAAACUACUCUCUUAUCAUUAAAUCCUAAACAUUCAGUGUCACAAAUGAUUACACCAUCUGCUUCGUCAGACUUACCAACUGAUUUCAGAGAAAAUGUACACAAUAAAAAGAUCAAAAGGCCUCAUCGUCCGCAUCAACAUUACACUGACAAGAAUCCAACUAGUUAUCAUGGCAUUAAUUCUAGUCUGGCAAAUCAAUCAGUAAAUCAUGACAUGUUAGACGGAUCAAUGUCUGAAAGAUACUCAUCAAAUUGUCAUCUUCAUAAACCACUUAAUGAAUACAACACAGAAAUACAAAGUGAAACUGAUCCAGAAACAACCUAUGAUAAUACAAAGUCAUUUCAUCAUCACUGCGAUGAUUAUCAUCUCCAUCAUCAUCACCAUCUACAUCAUCAACAUCCUCACCGUGUAAAUCAACAUGAUUUGAAUCCAGCGAAACAAUGUCAAAUGAAUGCAAAUGCAAAUAAACCGGUGAAAUAUGAAAAAUUCACUGAUACAUGUGAAUAUCAAAAACAACCACAUUCAAAAUUGAUGACAUGCAAAUCUGAUUGGGAUUUACAUGCUUCCGUGCCUAAUUCAUUAUUUUGUUCAAUUAAUAAAUUACCAACUCAAUGUUAUCAUCAUUCCAAGCCAAGUUCGUUUACUAAUCUUUACAAUGAAGAAAAUGAUUGUGAACAAUUUCAGUUGAAUAAAAUACAACCAAUAUUAGAACAUCGAUCAUAUGUUUAAAAUCUCGGGGAAAAGUAAAAUGAAACCAAUUUUGAUGACAAUUUUCAAUUUUUAUUCGUUUG